UCUUUCUCACUCUCUCUCCAUUAUAAUACCAGAGUAGAAGUUGAAGAAGAUGGAAGUCUCAAGGUCGGAUCAGUAGUGGAGGACAGUGGGUGUUGAGGAUUAUUGCUAAGCUAAGGUAAGCUCUGAUUCAAGCAUAGACAGGGUUGAACAUUUCAGAGGCAUCAGUCCGUCAGAAACAGCACAAUGCUUUUGGUGUUCAUCACUGGGAUUCCAAGAUGAGCAAUUUUUACUGCAUAUGGAUCAUAGUUGUCUUAUUUCAAGCAGAAAAAAGGCAUUUUAGCUGCAGAGACCCAUCAAUCACCAAUCCACAAAUGGAGGAGAAAUGUGACUCUGCCGGCAACGCUGAGGUAAAGAAUGCAAAGGAGGAGUUUCAUCUCAAGCUCAAAACAAAAGAAAAGGGUACAAUGACAGAAAAAGAAGAGAAUGAAGAGAUCAAGGUCGAAGUAAACACAAAAACUGUGAAGAAAGAGAAGGGCAAGUUCAAGCAUGAAGACGACGAUGAUAAAUGCAGAAGUGAGAGUGAGGAGAAAACACAGAAAGAAGUGAAUGAUAGAGAUGUAGAAGCUGGAGAAGUUAAUACAAAGGAUAAGGGGAAAGCCAAGAAGAAAGACAAGGGGUCAAAGGAUAAAGAAGAGAAGAUGAAAAAAGGUAAAUCAAAGGACAAGAAGGAAGAAGAUGGAGAGUUGGUAGAAAAGGAUAAAUCAACAGUGAAAAAGAAAGAUGAGGAUUGUGACCAAAAGAACAAGGAUGGGGAGAUGAAGAAAGUUGAGAAGAAGGAAAAAGAGAAAGCAAAAAAGGACGAAGAUAGUGAGCGCGGGGAGAAGAGGAAACACAAAGAGAAGGAUGGAGAACCGAAGAAAGAUAAGAAAAAGGAUGAGGAGGUGGAUGAGAUUAGCGAGUCAAAGAAAGACAAGAAAAAGGAGAAGGAUGAGAAGAAAGAUAAGAAAAAGGAUGAGGAGGUGGAUGAGAUUAACGAGUUGAAGAAAGAUGAGGAAAAGGAGAAGAAGGAUGAGAAGAAAAAGGACGAAGAUAAAAAAUCAAAGGAAGACAAGAAAAAGGAGAAAAAGAAGGACAAACACGAUGAGUCCAAAGUAGACAAAAGUGAUGCCAAGGAAGUCUCACAAAAAGAACUAAAGAAUGGUGACAAACCUUGUGAACACAAAGAUACUGAGGAGAAGAAUAAACAUGGAGAUUCGGAGGGUGAAGAGAUGGAAUGCAAGCAAGAGCUCAAGGAAAAAAAGAAACUGAAAGAGAAAAAUAGUGAAGAAAAGGAAAAGACGAAAAAGAAAACCAAGGAUGGUGAACAUGAAUUGAAGGUAGAAAAAGAGGACGAUACAGAAAACAAGAAAAGCAAGAAGGAAAAGAAGGGAAUAGUGACGGUAGCAGACCAAAUGACACAUGAAGAUCUUCAAAACAAGCUUGAGAAAGAUUUGGAGCACAAAACGGAGUCGGCACAUGCUGAAGCCAAAUGCAAGGUUGGGGGUGAUUCAAAUGAAGAUGAACACAAGGUCAGAGAGGCAGAAGCUAUGAAAGAGGAAGCAGAUGAAGAUGGUAAGAAGAAAAAGGAUAAAAAAGACAAGAAAAAGAAGGAAAAAAGCGAAGGUGAAGCAACUGAGAAGGAGGACAAGGGAGAGAAGAAGGAGAAGCUUGAUGGAAGGGAGAAGAAGAAUGUUGGGAAGCUCAAACAGAAGUUAGAAAAGAUUGAAGCCAAGAUGGAAGAUCUACAAGCCAAAAAGGCCGACAUCUUGAAACUGAUACAAGAAGCAGAAGGGGGAGGUCGAGAGGUGGAAAUACCCAAGGAAGAGUAAAUGGCUAUGCAACUUAGCUUUCUGAUGUGUUCCGAGGGUGGCUUUUGUUAGCUUAUAUCACUUUUCGGUCUAUAGUGUGUGUCUAUGUAAGCAUUAAUACAAGAUCAUAGUAAUCAAGUUGAAUGUGAUAUCCUGGCUUUGUUGCACAUAUAUAUAUAAAAGUCGGAAGAUAGUUUCUUCCUGCACACUGGGUUGUACAAACGUUAAACAUGUAAUCUUUGGAGCCAUGGCAUGGAAGCUGAGCUUUCCUUUUCCUUCA